UGUUUUUGUUGUUGGAGCCUCGCGGGCUGAUUUCAGACCAGUGACGACAGUGACAGCGGCGCGAGACUCUGCGUUCAACCGAUUUCCCCUUUGCACGACCAGAAAAACUGCGACCAUGUCUCUGACAAACGGCCACUCUGUGAGCAAAGAAACGUGGGAUUCCCACAACACGAUGAUGCUGGAGCCUCUGUCCGUCAACGACUCUGAGGUGUUCUCCAUCAUAAAAAAAGAGAAGCACAGGCAGACGUACGGUCUGGAGCUGAUAGCGUCCGAGAACUUCGCCAGCAGAGCCGUUCUGGAGGCUCUGGGGUCCUGCAUGAACAACAAAUACUCUGAGGGAUACCCCGGUCAGAGGUAUUACGGUGGUACGGAGCAUGUUGAUGAGCUGGCGACCUGUCAGAAAAGGGCGCUGGAGACGUACGGUCUGGACUCAGAGAAAUGGGGCGUCAACGUGCAGCCGUACUCAGGUUCACCUGCCAACUUUGCCGUCUACACGGCCGUUGUGGAGCCCCACGGCAGGAUCAUGGGGCUGGACCUUCCCGAUGGAGGUCACCUGACGCACGGCUUCAUGACUGAGAAGAAAAAAAUAUCUGCGACGUCCAUCUUCUUCGAGUCGAUGCCUUACAAGGUGAAUCCAGAAACCGGCUACAUCGACUACGACAGACUACAAGAAAACGCUCGGCUGUUUCACCCCAAACUCAUCAUCGCAGGAACAAGCUGCUAUUCCCGCAACCUUGACUACAGCCGCCUGAAGCAGAUCGCUAAUGAGAAUGGUGCGUAUCUGAUGGGAGACAUGGCUCACAUCAGUGGACUGGUGGCUGCUGGAGUGGUGCCCUCGCCCUUUGAGCACUGUGACAUUGUUUCCACGACAACACACAAGACGCUGCGUGGCUGCCGCGCUGGACUCAUCUUCUACAGGAGAGGCGUGCGCAGUGUGGAUGCCAAAGGGAAGGAGACUCUGUACAACUUGGAGUCUUUGAUCAACCAGGCUGUGUUUCCAGGGCUGCAGGGAGGGCCGCACAACCACGCCAUCGCAGGUGUUGCUGUAGCUCUCAAACAAGCCAUGACGCCAGAGUUCAAGGCUUACCAGCUGCAGGUUCUCGCUAACUGCAAAGCUCUGUCCAGCGCCCUUAUUGACCACGGCUACAAGAUUGUCACCGGCGGCUCUGACAACCAUCUGAUCCUGCUGGACCUGCGCAGCAAAGGAACUGAUGGAGGGCGAGCGGAGAAGGUUUUGGAAGCCUGUGCCAUUGCCUGUAAUAAGAACACCUGUCCAGGGGAUAAGAGCGCUCUGCGGCCGAGUGGUCUGAGGUUUGGCUCUCCAGCUCUGACCUCCAGAGGCCUGACGGAGGAGGACUUCAAGAAGGUGGCCCAGUUCAUCAACAGAGGUAUCGAGCUGACCUUGGAGAUACAGAGAAGUUUGGAUCCUAAAGCUCCGCUGAGGGAGUUCGUCCAGGCGCUGUCUCAGGGAGAGAAGUUCCAGCAGCGAGUGUCAGAAAUCAGGACGGAGGUCGAAGCUUUCGCCGGGCAGUUCCCGAUGCCGGGCCUCCCUGAGCUGUAGACGCUGGACUGAUGAUUAUAACAAACGUUAUUAUGCCAAAUUUCCGUGGCGUGUUGUUUCGUGUGUAUGUUUGUUUUAAGUGUACACCUGUUAAAUCGGUCACUUCACAGCAGUUCAGCGUCGGGCAGAUUUGUCUGUAUGCAAAGAUGCUUUUUCAGACUUUUUAUUUUCCUCCAGUUUCGUUGCCACACGUUUAAGCUUUAAUACGGUCAGAAAUCACUGUUUCUUUUUUAUUUACUGUCCAAAGUUUUCUUAGAGACAGUUUCUUCAGAUCAAAAUAGGAAGUGUGGCAGAUAAUUUCCUACAUGAGCUUUCUUUUGUCAUUUACUGUAUACAUAAAUAAACUUGAUUUAAAAAAUGUUUUGUUUGGUUUAAGAAUCCAGAAUGAAUGUAAAACAGCUACUGUGAACCAUCUUUUAAUUUAACUGUAAACAGGUGAAGACUAAUUUAAAAAGAAAAAACUCAGCAAAAUGUACAUUCCUGCCUGUUUCUUUCUUUUUUUUUUUUUUUAAUUGACAUAUUUAUCAGGUAACUUGAGAACAUGGUCUGUUGUUUGCCAAAAGUACCUUGUCAACUCUGGAGAUAACUCAGUAAAAUAAA